GUCUUUGAAGAUCGUUGGCAGAUUUUGAACUGGAUUUGCCUGGUUUUGACGGUCGUCGCUAUUGCAAUGUACUGUGCACGGUGGAUCUUUACAAGUCUGACACUUGAUGCUUUUGAGAAGAACAAGUACAAGUUCGUGAACUUCAGUCACAUUGCCGUAUGGGACGAAGUUCUAGCCUCUUUAUAUCUUUCAUUGUGUUCUUGUGUACUAUUCGUCUGAUGCAAGUUCUGAGUUAUAACAACAGAAUCACGCAGCUCAUCGCGGUUCUGAACCACUGCUCAAGAGAUCUGAUCGCAUGCGCAAUCAUGUUUGGAAUCGUAUUUUUCGCCUACGUGCUAGUAGGUCAUCUUCUCUUUGGCCGUAAUUUGUCAUCAUACAGAAACGUCCUUAUUGCCAUGACAACAAUAACAAAUGCUUUGAUUGGCCGCAACAGCAUAACAAAUUUGAUAGAAGUCACACCGUAUUUUGCACAGUUUUAUUACGUCACUUUCGUGUUUUUCGUCAUGUGGGUUCUUAUGACCAUGAUUAAUGCCACUCUAAACAAGAGCAUAUCUAUCAUCCGACAACAACAACGUCAGGAUAUGGCCCCAUUCGGAAUUCACGACCUUGCUGUACGUAUGCUUAAGGACUUCGUGGCUAUUCUCAAGGCAAAUCACCCCGGAAAGAAUGACUUCAGUACAAAUAAACCAUUCAGUGGAAUAAAUCAACAGACAACAACAGAAAAAUACAUAAACGACUGUUUCACUGAGGAGCUUGUUGAAUAUGACCUCGAUACUCCAAACAAACACGAAGAGGAACCAGAUCGUCCAAAUGAAUCGGAAGUAAUUUGUUCCGCAACACCACAAAUCACAGAUCCUGUGACUGUGCAUGUACCAAAAAAAAUAUUUUUUUUUUUAACCAAACAGCAGAAUAGCCACAACAUUUGAUAGCUUGAAAGUAUUAUUUUAUUGAAAAAUUAAUUUUAUGAAUGCAAACGUCGUUAAUGUAACUGUUUACCUGUAAAUAUACUUGUAAUUGUAAAUAAAAGGACUUCAUAUUAUUUA